AUGGUGGAGUUGCAAAGUGGAUUUCAAAUCAAGAAGUUAAGAUCGGACAGAGGAGGUGAAUACACUUCAACUGAAUUUAGGAAGUUUUGUGAAGACUUGGGACUUGAAAGGCAAUUAACAGUCGCUUAUUCUCCUCAACAAAAUGGAGUUGCAGAGAGGAAGAAUAGGACCAUUGUAGAGAUGGCUAGAACAAUGCUUUAUGAAAAGAGAAUGCCUAUCAAGUUCUGGGGAGCAGCAGUUAACGUUGCAGUCUACAUUCUCAAUAGGUAUCCUACAAGUGCUCUCACGAAUAAAACCCCUUUUGAGGCAUUCAGUGGAAGAAAAACCUGGCCAAAUGAAGAAGUGCACACGUCAAUUCCUUGGGACAAUAGUGAGGAAGUAAGAAUAACUGAAGGCCGAGAGGAGUUUGAAUCACCUAAUCAAGCUCUAGAAUCACCAAGUGUUAGAUCAUCACCAAAUGCAGUCACUACACCAUCCCAAGAGAAGAGACAAGCUUCACCAAGACCAAAUCCUUGUGAGAUUGAAACAACUGAGCUCUAUGAUCACACACCCUUGAGGUGGAAGAACUUGAAUGAAAUUUUUGCACAGUGUAAAGUAAGUAUUGUGGAACCUGAAAACUUUGCUGAAGAAACUCAUGAUGAGGCAUAG